AUGAACGAUAAUUAUUAUCUUUCUCAUGGUCCUUUACAUGAACAUAAUCGUCUACUAUCAGAGCCAGCUUCUAGUUCAACAAAUUAUUUGUCUUAUUCGUUACCAGAAUUUCAUAUAGAAAAACCAACGAAGAAAAUCAAUGGAAAACAUCAUCGAAUGAAAAUUGGUUCAUCGAAAACAAAAACACAAAUUACAGAAAAAGAGGCUAAAGAAGCAAUUAUGAAUGGUUUAGUUACUGAAACAAAUGACAUUGAUGUAUCGAAAUUAUCAGGUACAUCAACACUGUCGCAACAAGGUCGACGAUUUGGUGUUGAUGUCAAACCACCCUACUCAUAUAUUGCUCUUAUAACAUUAGCUAUUGAAAAUUCUAAAGAUGGUAAAAUGACACUGAAUGAAAUCUAUAAAUUUAUUCAAGAUCGUUAUCCAUUUUUUACUGAACAAACUGCACAACGUUGGCAAAAUUCAAUUCGACAUAAUUUAUCAUUAAAUGAUUGUUUUGUUAAAGUUUCACGAACAUCAGCAGACAGUCGUUCAUCAUCGGGAAAUAAAAGUAAAGGAAAUUAUUGGGCUUUACAUCAAGAUGCUAAAAGUAUGUUUGGUAAUGGAACGAGCUUUUUACGUCGAUCGACACGUUUUAAAAUACGCUCAAAAUUAUCUCCAACAAAACUAAUACAUGCAUCAAGUUCAACAAAUAGUAGUUCAGGCGAAGGAGAAACAUCAUCUUCAUUUGAUUAUGAUCAUAUACCAUCAACAACAACAUCAAAUAUGUAUCCACAACAUUAUCAUCAAGAUUAUUCAUUUGCAUCAACAUCAUCUUGGAUUCCUCCGCCACCGCCACCACCUCAAACAACUACGAUAACACAACCUGUUCAUGAUCCGUUCACUAUGACAUCAUCGUCUAUACCAUUUCCAUGCUACUCAAAUCAAUUAUCAUCAUUCUAUGACACACAAAAUACCACAAAUGGUUAUUAUAAUUCAACUAAUCAUCGAUAA